AUGCCCCCGUUACUGGCAUCAUUGAGAGCGCUGGGUAGCAUGCAUCUUCUUCCUUGGCUCUUCCCACUUGCGAAGUACGUCGCCGUCAAUGUGACCAUCUGGGGUGUAGUACUUGCCUCAUUGGCAGACUGCAAAUCAUAUGCCUCACUCCUGGCUUGUCGCUUCCUUCUCAGCACUGCAGAAGCUGCCGUCAUACGUGCCUGGGUCAUCUUUACAUCGCAAUGGUACACUCGCUACAGGCAAGCUUUCCGUGCGGGUAUUUGGUUCUCCGUCUGUGGCGCCGCCCAGAUGUUUAGUGGCUACGUUGCGUAUGGACUUGCCAGCCACGCCGGUGGCGAUGUGAAUGCUGCUCUUCGAGACUGGCAGGUCAUCUUGUUCUUCCUGGGUCUCUUCAUCGCAGUCAUCGGUAUCAGCUUCUGGUUCAUCAUGCCCGACUCGCCCGAGACCGCUGGCCUCCUCUUACCAGAGAAGAGUCUUCACAUCGAACGCAUUCGCGGCAAUGUCCAAGGCAUCGGCAGCAGGCCUUCAAGCAUGGGUUACACAUCGAAAGAGUCCCUCUUACUCGUCAUCUCCCUCGGUGCUUACGAAAUCGUCGUUCUCGUCACAUCCCUCGCCAUCAUCCGCACAAUCCUCAUGGCAACCACAAACAAAGUCCCCGCACUCAUCGGCUACUACUUUUCGGGCGGCAUACCAAUCGGCUGGAUAACAAUCCUCGGACUGCAAGCUUCCAACGUCGCAGGCUCAACGACGAAAAUCACCGUCAGCGUCAUUGGCACAAUCGCGUACACCAUUGGCAACAUCAUCAGCCCGCUGAUAUUCCAGAGUAAGGAUGCACUGAGGUAUCUGCCUGCGAAGAUCAGCAUAGUGAUUUUACACGUGUUGAUCACGAUUGAUUUGGUGAAUAGGGAGUUUAGACAUGUGCUGUGAGCGAAGGCGCGCAUGAUAUGCCAACAAUGUUGUACUGCUGAAAGCGGUGUGGUUAUCCGCUUCGACUUGGUAUAACUACGUUCAAUAGGUCGUGCAAUAUCUAUAUUUGCUGGCCAGAUGAGCGACAAGCAACAUACUUUGGCGCAUUGCUUGGAUGGAGUGAACAGCACAAUAGCAACAGCAACUCUUUCAAGCCCCUUAGGAUUGGCUUAUACUGAGCCUGUUGUUUUAUGGACACCCAAUCGGGAAUUCUGGGGGAUUAAGCGUUCUGGAACUCGGUAUUGAAAUAAACAAGGUGCAUGCACAGCC